AUGCUUGCUCGAGUUCUACGCGCACCCUGCUACUUCUUUGAUACUACGCCACAGGGCCGCAUCCUCAUUCGCUUCAGUUUUGACAUGGACAGCGUCGAUCACCAACUCGACGCCUCAUUUAGAGCAGUCAUUACGUACCUGCUAAACACUGCUACCACCCUGGUGGUCGUCUUUAUCACAAUUCGGCCCUGGUACUUCAGCGUGGGCAGUUUUGUAGUCUUCACCGUCCUCUACACCUCUAUCCAGCUAUUCUAUCUGCCUAUCUCCCGACAAUGUCGCCGUCUCAACUCGACCAGUAGGUCACCCCUGCUGGCACACUGUAGCGAAACUGCCGCCUCUCUGCUGGGCGCAUCGGUUGUGCGUGCGCACGGCAAGGUGGAGGACUUUUUGGCGACGGCCGAUCGGCUGAUUGACAACAAUGCCCUCUUCCUCCUCAUACGCUCUCUUUCCAAUCGUUGGCUAGACUUCCGUCUUGACGUGAGUCUUGCACUCAUUCCUCUUUGCCCAUGUUUGCUCUUUCUUACCAGUAAAAUUGCAUAA